ACAAUUCACUUCCUGCCCAGUUUAGCAACCAAAGCCCCAGUGCAUUCCACGCUCAGUCCUAAACACGUGUUGUUAGGGUAGCUGCGUGUUGAAGUUCCUCUAGCUUUUGAGAAUCUAAACAAGUUGUUUUAGCUACAUAACCAUUUAUUUUGGAAUUUCCCAAAACCUCAAUCGUAGACGUAUAGUCCUCCGUGAAGCAUUCGCCGAGAGGAGAAAUAUCAGAAAUAAACGGAAGCAAGCAUGACUGAAGCCGAAGUGAAUCCCAAGGCCUACCCCCUGGCCGACGCCACACUUUCCAAAACCAUCCUGGACCUUGUGCAGCAAGCCUCCAACUACAAACAGUUGAGGAAAGGGGCCAAUGAGGCCACCAAGACAUUGAACCGUGGUAUCUCUGAGUUCAUUGUGAUGGCUGCUGAUGCUGAGCCACUGGAGAUCAUCCUCCACCUGCCGCUGCUCUGCGAGGACAAGAACGUCCCCUACGUGUUCGUGCGCUCUAAGCAGGCCCUGGGGCGUGCCUGUGGGGUCUCCCGCCCCGUCAUCGCCACCUCAAUCACCAUCAAGGAGGGCUCUCAGCUGAAGCCCCAGAUCCAGUCUACCCAGAUGGCCAUUGAGAGACUGCUGGUCUGAUCUGAUUGCUGCUCUGCUCUCUAUAGUAUUGGAUAGUCUGAAGGACUAUAACAGGCAAUUGAAUUAUGUCUUCUUUUGGAUAGUUGAAUUGUCUUUGGAAGAUACAUUGUAUUUUGUCAGGGACAUGCAAAGAAAAUGAUUAAUUUCUGUGUACUAUGUUAUGUAAUUUACUCUUUUGUUUUGUGAUAAUAAAACAUGUCUUUUUA